AUGGAUCCGAAUCAUCCGAUCGAUGUCGAUAUGUUGUCCUCAGAAUCAAGUUACGCUAGUGAUGUUAGCGAGAAUGACUCUGAGUUGAUAGAGAAACUGAAGUACAAAUGCAAGUAUUGUCACAAGAGGUUCUCUAAAAGACAAGCAUUGGGUGGUCACCAAAAUGCUCACAAGAUGGAGAGAACGAUCACGGAAAGACAAAACCAUGCCAUGUUGACGAGUAUGAACCAGCCGUAUCCAAAUCUACACCCUUACACCAUUGAUGGACCGACCAACUUAACCGUGGUCAACAAUCAAAGUCAAGGAACGGACCAAAGUUGGGCCAGUAGAGGGAACUCAUACCAAUCCGUCAUGGCUCCACCUCAACUAUAUUUGUCCCCAACGUCGCCACCACCACCACCUUUCUUACAAGCUCAAGCUCAAGCUCAACCUAAAGAACCUAGCGAAGAUGGCCUUUCACUUUCUCUCUCGCUCAAACUUUGA